AUGGGUUGUGCAGGGAGUCAGCAGCAAAAACCUCGUAGCAAUCAAAAUAUACGUACAAAAGAUGAAGGUGUGGGACCCACCGAACCCUUUGGUGCUCAAAACGGGGACGAAUUUCGUUCGUGCGAGCUCUCCACCGUCGAAAGACCGAUACGACUGGCUUCACCAGGCUCGCUGAGUCGGCUUGAAGCGCAACAAAAUUGCAGAGAGACAUCACACCGACGCAGAAAGGCUUCAAAAAUCAGUGGGAAGGACAACUUUUAUUUUUCCCACUGUAGCGUAGGGGGCAACGGGCGAUCGAAGAGUAGAGGGACUUAUAAACUUGCAAGCCAAGAUACCUUUGCUGACGGGGAGAUGACUUUAACCAUUCUUAGCAAUUCCAGCUCCCCCCAGCUGCUUCGUAUCCAGCCGUCAGAGCGGGCACAACAGGGUGAUGGGACGUGGGAAUGGUGGUAUGAACAAGUGGAGAAGCUGCUUGUGACCAAGGACUGUAACUCGCGUACAAGGCUUCAGGACAUCCCCAACCGCCUGACAAGGCAAUACGAUGCGGACAAAGAGCAUGUGGAGCUGGACCUGAGUUGGUGUUUUAUGGAACGUUCUGCCCCGUAUGUUCUGAGUCGCCUUCUUGCAAGUCCUUAUCUGGUGGAAAUUCGAUGGGUUACAGCCUUGCGGCUCGACGGCAACUACUUCACAGAUGAUGGAUUCGGAAGCAUGCUGGAGGUAAUGAGUACCGUAAAUGAAACGCAACUGACUUUGCCCCUUUUAAGGCAUCUGUAUCUUAAUAAUAUGAACCUUGACCAUCAUAGCCUUCAUGGGAUUUUGUUUUACUUGUUUCCAGUGGACGAUGCCUGCUACCCUUCCGUGGGUUUGACUUCCGAUAGCCGAGCGAUCGCAGGAAGAGCGUUUGGAAAGCCCCCAAAGGCGUAUUUGCCCUUCAACAGUGCCCCACGUAUCGCUCUGUUUCCAUCGCUGACAGUACUCAGCUUGUGCGAUAAUCCUGGGAUCGGGAACCUCGGUCUCAUAGAGUUGUUAAGGUGUUUUCUUGCAUCACAUUACGAGCAUCGGGUCCUGCCUGUGCUCGACAUGUCUCGCUGUGGCAUCGAUGAGGUGGGUGCAAGAUGUAUUCGUGAAUAUAUUGAGAAGCUCCCACUCGCAGUGGAGGAAAACCGUCCGGUGGUGACCACCCAGCGCAUUGUGCUGUAUGGAAACAGGCACAGUGCUGAUCGCGUAGUUGCCGCCGCCACGGACGAUUCGCCGUACGAUACUGCGAGUGUUGUGGGAUAG